CCAAGGCCCAGGAGAUUGAUCAGAGCAACGAGUUCAAGAAACUUCGAGAGUUUUGGAAGCAGCUGGGAAACCUGGGAGUAUUGGGCAUCACAGCCCCUGAAUACCAGCCAUGGGUGGGACCCAAGGAGCUUGGGGUCCAGGACUGCAGUAUGGCUCAAGAAUCAACAUUUUUUCCAUGUACAUCAGAGAUGUUAAGCGCGUUCAUCUUGUUGUUCAGCCAUCAUCACUCUCCUUUCCAAAUGUUUCCAUACCCUUAACAGAAGGUCAGUGCACUAGGAACUUCUAAAAAUGACUCUAGUCGGAUGACAUUUAAGGUAAGGAAGAAGUAGUUAGAAAUCAGAUGAAAACCCUUUCAAGGGGGAACCUUGGAAAGAAAGCUGGACAUGAGUUCUGGUUUCUGCAGGAUGUCCUGGUGGUUGUGGGCUUUCCUUCCUGGAGUUGUGGGGUCUGCCCCACUUUCCCUAGAGUCUAGGACUACCCAGGCUUCUUGGUCAGAGUGAGCAUGUGCAGAGACCCCAGCCAGGGUUCACCCAAACAGCAUGAUUUGGGAGUGGAGGGUUGGUACCAGAUGACCCAGGCACUUUAAUUUUGCAGCUGCUUCCAAGGUACCAACUUACUUUUUAUGGGGAGUUCAGAACCUCCCUACCAGCAUCCUUCCUGCCUUCUGCGGCGCAGCCACCCCCACAUUCUCUCUCAGGAUGUGGCUCCCCUCUUCCUUUCACGAGUCCCGGGUCUUUAGGCCCAGACCCGUGCUGUGAGAAGCUCACCUCCUUUCUCCUUUUGCACCCACACUCUUUGCUUUGUAGCCAUUCUUAGUGUUUUGGAUCCUUCCCCUUAGUGCGUUUCUGUUAAAUUCCAAGUCCUCUUCAUUUAUUCACUUGCUUCUGUGCUUCCGGAACUUUCUCAAGAGUGGGUGCUCUUGCCUACUUUAAGAGGUGCGUCCAGUAUAAAGCAAGAGUUGCAAUGACUGUUUUCUGAACCACAUGUCAGAGGACAAGGAGCAACAGGCGAAACCUAUUCCAUGAGCUUUUAAGCACAGUCCACGGAGUCAACCUGAUGGCCUUGCUAGAAGUAGUUUGGAAUAGGUUCUACAAGGAGGUGUAUUUUCUGCCAGUAAACAUAAGAUUCUUAUCAAUGUUCCAGUUUAACCUGUGCUGCUGCUUCCUCUCCCCUGUGCCACCCCCACCCCCAGUUCAGUAUGGUGGCUCAGGCCUGGGCUAUCUGGAGCAUGUCCUGGUGAUGGAAGAGAUAUCCCGAGCUUGUGGUGCGGUGGGACUCAGUUAUGGCGCCCACUCCAACCUCUGCAUCAACCAACUUGUGCGCAACGGGAGUGAGGCCCAGAAGGAGAAGUAUCUUCCCAAGCUAAUCAGCGGUGAGUACAUCGGAGCCCUGGCCAUGAGUGAGCCCAAUGCAGGCUCUGAUGUUGUCUCCAUGAAGCUAAAAGCAGAAAAGAAAGAUGAUCAUUACAUCCUGAAUGGCACCAAGUGCUGGAUCACCAAUGGCCCCGAUGCUGACGUCCUUAUCGUGUAUGCCAAGACAGAUCCUGCUGCUGUGCCAGCUUCUCGGGGCAUCACAGCCUUUAUCGUGGAGAAGGGCAUGCCUGGCUUCAGCGCCUCCAAGAAACUGGACAAGUUGGGCAUGAGGGGCUCUAACACCUCUGAGCUAAUCUUUGAAGACUGCAAGGUUCCCGCUGACAACAUCUUGGGCCACCUGAGUAAGGGUGUGUAUGUGCUGAUGAGUGGGCUGGACCUGGAGCGGCUGGUGCUGGCCGGUGGGCCGCUUGGGCUCAUGCAGUCCGUCCUUGACCACACCAUUCCCUACCUACACGUGAGGGAAGCCUUUGGCCAGAAGAUUGGCCACUUCCAGCUGAUGCAGGGGAAGAUGGCCGACAUGUACACCCGCCUCAUGGCAUGUAGGCAGUACGUCUACAAUGUCGCCAAGGCCUGUGACGAGGGUCACUGCACCCGCAAGGACUGUGCGGGUGUGAUUCUCUACUCGGCGGAGUGUGCCACACAGGUGGCCCUGGAUGGCAUCCAGUGCCUCGGUGGCAAUGGCUACAUCAAUGACUUCCCCAUGGGCCGCAUUCUGCGAGAUGCCAAGCUGUAUGAGAUCGGGGCCGGGACCAGUGAGGUGAGGCGGCUGGUCAUCGGCAGAGCCUUCAAUGCUGACUUCCACUAGCCCCGAGUCCUUUCAGCCCCUUUCCCAGCACCUAGAGGCCUUUCUUUGGAAGUAGACAGCUGGCAGCUCUCCCACCCUGCCCAAGGCAGGCCCCACUGCCCAGCUGCCCUUCUUGCCCCAGCGCUCUGACCUCUGCGUGAGGUCGAGUUCUCUGCAAUGGCUGCCAAGCACUGUGGGCCUCACAGCUGGGGCCAGCAGGCCAGCCGGGAAUAGGGCUCACCUGCUGUGCAAGGACUCGGCAGGAAGCAGGGCUUUUGUGGGGACUGUUGGGAUAGGCUCUGGUGACUCGGUGCCUUUGCCUUCCACCUUCUGAGUCUGAUGCCCCACCUCCCAGGGUAGGCACCUGGGCGCAGGCCAGUGGCCACCUUUUUGGGGUGAGUCUUUGGCAGGAAGCCAAGCAGAAGGCUGAAGGUCCCCAGAGGCCUCACAUCUAGACAUGGGUACCCCCAGAAGGAUCCGUGUGGCCACCAUUGUAGGUGUGAACAAAGACCUAACCACCGCUGUUCUUGGUUUCCUCACUCACCUACCUUCCCUUUGGUUUGCUUAUGGAUAUUUGGAAUUUUCCCCCAAUUUGUGCCAGAUUUUGGGUCAAAUUUUAGGCUGACAAUUCCCUUCUCAUUCUCUAUUCUUGGGAAAGAAAAGUUAGCAUUUCCCUUCCCAUUUACUUGAACUUUGUAGUCUCUUUUCUUUCUGGGAGCGAGGGGGAGCCUGCCGUUGUUUCUGCCCGAUUCUAGAGGCAUCUGCUCCCAGCAGCCUGUGAGGGGGACCCUCUCCAGCAGCCCUCCCUUCCUCCAGGGCUUCAUGCUUUAGGGCCGAAAUCCCACCCUGGUAGCAUGGAAAUCUGAGAAUAUAGCAUCUCAGAACACUUGUGCUGCUGAGCGCCUCCUGCAGGGCAGAGAUCAGAGCACAUGUGGAGGACGUGUUCCAUGCUGUCCUGACAGCAGCCCCUCGGAGCCCUCCGGCACGCUCUGCCAUGGCCACCAUGCACUCCUGGCCAUGGGACUGCCAGCAGCUGACUCUGGGUGGCAGGCACCGGUCCUGCCUGGGUUGGCGGGCUCAACUCCAGCUGAGGCUGCCUAUGGACAUUUCUCUGGACACUAUGGCUAAUUUGGUUCAAACCGCACAGCGGCUGCUGCCGUUUUAUUAAACACAGUGUGAAGUAAACCCAUCUGCUUCUAAGCCCGUGUUCUGGGGAAGAACCACCUACUUGUGCCGUCUCCUGUCUAGCUCCAGCCCUGGGUCUGUGGAGAGCGACUGGCCCAGUGACUGGCCCUGGGUCUCAUUCCUGCCCUCCAGCCUGCUCAUUGGUCCUGGGGUCGGGGGCGGGGGGCGUGGUGGAAUGGGCCCUCGCCUCAGGAGAGGAGUUCUGAGCCUCCCUUCCCAGAGCUUCCAGUGAUUUUAAUGGAAAGGGUAGAAGCUCAUACAUUUCUGGAAAACAUCCUCGAGUUUUUAAAAGAUAAAAAAAUAAAACUAGAGCUGGAAUCCAGAUCUGGCUGCCGCAGAAACGGGUGUUCUGAGAAGACCAGCCUGGAGUCCCUCUGCCUGGUAGUCUGGA